UAUAGAGGGAGAGAGAGAAAUGUACCUGCCUUUAUCAAGAUCAAGCUCAGCUCAGCUUCAUCCAAAGGGAUUAUUUGACCACCGGAUUAAAAACACAGGUCAUCAUGGUGGGUCUGAAGCCGUCUGAUGUUCCUCCUCCUCUGGGAGUGAAAGUGCUGAGCGCAGGAACGGCUGCCUGCAUCGCUGACCUGGUCACCUUCCCUCUGGACACUGCCAAAGUCCGACUACAGAUUCAGGGGGAGAAGGCGGUGGUGGACGCUGCCAAGGACAUUCGCUACAGGGGCGUGUUUGGGACCAUCAGCACCAUGGUACGGACAGAGGGGCCUCGCUCACUCUAUAAUGGCCUGGUGGCCGGCCUGCAGAGACAGAUGGCCUUCGCCUCCAUACGAAUCGGCCUCUAUGACAACGUAAAGAGCUUCUACACAGGAGGCAAAGACAACCCUAAUGUAGGUAUCCGGAUCCUGGCUGGCUGCACCACGGGGGCCAUGGCUGUUUCCAUGGCGCAGCCCACAGAUGUGGUGAAGGUGCGCUUCCAGGCUCAGAUGAACCUGCAGGGAGUGGCUCGCCGCUACAGUGGCACCAUGCAAGCUUACAGACAGAUCUUCCACCAUGAGGGCCUCCGGGGACUGUGGAAAGGGACACUGCCAAACAUCACUAGGAAUGCCUUGGUCAACUGCACAGAGCUGGUGUCCUAUGAUCUCAUCAAAGAAGCCAUUCUCAAACACAAGCUCAUGUCAGAUAACCUGCCGUGCCAUUUCCUCUCUGCGUUCGGUGCUGGCUUCAUCACCACGGUGAUAGCCUCUCCUGUAGACGUGGUGAAGACUCGCUACAUGAACUCUCCUCCUGGCCAGUACAAAAGUGCCAUCAACUGUGCCUGGACCAUGAUGACCAAAGAAGGCCCCACUGCUUUCUACAAAGGGUUUGUACCAUCCUUCCUCAGACUGGGCUCCUGGAACAUCGUCAUGUUCGUGUCAUUCGAGCAGCUGAAGAGAGCUAUGAUGGUGUCCAGGAAUAAGAUAGAAGCCACCAUGUAGAGAAAAGUACUAUAAUUCUGCCCCCAUUUUGAACUCAUGGACUCGGAGAAAGCAGCUGGUUUAAGCCUCCUAAGGGGAAAGUGAUGGAGGAUAAAAGCAAGUGGCCUAUUAUUUAAUUUAUAAGUUUGAUACUGAACUAACUAAAGGAAGUUCACUGGCUCACAUAGCAUUACAACACAGAGCAGGCUACAGCAGGACCAGUUCAUGUUUAUGGCAGGCCAGCAUUAUAACUUAUCUCAAAGCUCUGUGUGUGUAAUGUUGUCUGAGUCAGGGCUCUGACAGUGUAUUUCAGAAACAGUGUUUGCGGUCAGCUGUAGCUGGCAGGCAGUGAAAAGCCACUUUCUGCACUUUGGCCUUCCCUCGAUGAUCCAUUCAAAUGAACACAGUGGAUUUUUCGCAGAAUGUACACUAUAAGCUACCAUAUUGGUUUUAUAAUUAUUGAUGCUAAUUAACUCUGCCACACUUUACUUUGAUGGUCCCCUACAUAUGCACAAAUCAUCAGGGUUUGGACUAGGGUUGAAGUUUUAGGUUAAUUAGGUUAUAUUUAGGUACCACUUUAGAAUAAGGCUACCUUCAUAAAUGGGUUAUUAAUGGUUUUAACUUGACAGGUGUCAAUCAGGUCACGAACAGAUUUCAGUCCUUAAUAAGCACUUAUAAAACACAAGUGACCUGUUUGCCUAAUACUAAAUUCACAUUACUUUGUGUUCUCCAUCAGUCAGCACUGAACCUGCCAGCUUCAUCACAUAUUCACAUUCAUCAUUUAUAACAGGUCACUUUUGACCUUUCUAGUAAUGUGUCACACUCAUUCUAAACUAUUCAUAAACCCUUUAUAAGGGCAGUCUUAAUUUACAGUCAUACUGAUAUUUAAGUUGAGCAUCUAUAGUGGAUCAUCACAAUAAAGUGUUGUCGUUAACUCAUUAAUCCUUUGUUUAAAAAGGAAAUCCUUCACCGGGAUAAAAACUAUGUUUUUAAAGUUUAUUUUGAAUCUGCCUAUUCACUGCAUGAACCUCUACUGUGGAGAGAGAGUGACUGAUCGAGUGCUGUAAACGUGCAGGAGCAAUGUGCAAGGACACAUCCAGCACUGUGACACAUAUCAAGGUCCAUUUCUAAAAUAAAUAUUAUUUAAGUGAAACACACUUGAGUGCUUUA